AUGGAGGAGACAUCAAUCAAUACUUGUUUGCUUUCUUCAUUGCUGGAGAUUCUUACCUUCAAACACCUUCACCCAAAAAUGUCCAACUAUCAACAAAUCCUCCGCUCUGAGGUCGUCCUCGAGAAGUACGGCAAGGCCCUCGCCGGAAAGACAGGUAAUUUAAGAUUUCCAUAUUAUGUCAUGGAGAAGAGUGCUGACGAAACACCUUUCGUAGUGCUCAUCACCGGCGUUUCUGACGACUCGAUUGCAGGCGAACUCGCACUUCAGCUUUCCGCCGCCGAUCCAAAGCUACUCAUCCUGAGUGCCCGUGCCAAAUCAAAGGUGGAAGGAAUUAAAGACAAAAUUAAGUCGGCCAAGCCUAAUGUGGAAACCCGCUUUCUCAACAUGGACCUGAGUGACUUGACCGCCGUGCGGAACGCUGUGGGAGACCUGAAAGAUGUCUCUCAAAUCGACCACCUUGUCUGCGUGGCCGGCGUGAUGUUUCCGCCUUACAGCAAGACCAAGGAUGGGUUUGAGAGCCAGCUGGGAGUCAAUUACCUGGCAAACUUCUUGCUCGUGAAGUUGCUCCUACCGAAGAUCCGUGCCGCGGGACCGGAUUCGUCUGUGGUUAUCAUGGCCUCGUCCAUGGUAAGACAAGGGAAGAUGCACUUCCACGACUUCAACUUCAGUGACGGCCAAACAUAUGACACUAUGGUCGCAUAUGGGCAGUCGAAUGCUGCGAGAGUCAUGUUUGUCAAGAGACUGGGUGAGAGGUUGAAGGUCGAGAAAAUCCGUGUUUUCAGUAUUGAUCCUGGCGCUGUUCAAUCCGGUCUGCAACGACACUGCCCUCCCGGAUUCAUUGACCAGGUUGAAGAAUGGAAAAGGGCCGGAGCCAUGGUUGACAUGGAUGGAAAGCCAAUCGAAAUUCCCCCAUGGACUACUACCUCAGAAGGAGCCGCGACCGUUAUCACAGGGAUGGUUGACCCUACCAUCGCAGAGUACAACGGCUCAUACCUCAGCCAGAACGCAGUCUCCGACCACGAAUUGCACACUCACAUCAACGACGAAGGCAACUGGACCAAACUUUGGGAGCUGAGCGAGAGCCUGACCCAGGAGAGGUUCCCGCUGUGA